UCGGCCCGCGCGAGACGAGGACUCUACGGCCGCGCGAGGGGCGACCGGGCCCGGGCCGCUGCACGCCGAGGGCGGAGGCCGAGCCGGGCCCCGCCGCCCCGCGGCUGUCCGUGCCCGCCUGCGCCGAGCGCUGGAGGAUGAGUUUCUCGGGAUCCCGAUUUAUGAAAAUAUGCAUCGCUUUGAUACUGUUUUGGAAUUCAUGAGAUGGAAGCAUAGGUCAAAGCUGUUUGAAGAAAUUGGAACUACAGUUUAAUCUAGCCACAUCUCUGAGAAGUCUGAAGAAAGCAGCAGGUGAAAGUCCUUGUCAAGUGAUUUUGUUCUUCUAUAAGGAAACCUCAUUCAGUAAGGUCAUUUACAUUACUGAAAUAGCAGGACCAGUUAUUCAAAGUGGCCGUGUACAGGACACGUGCAAAUUGGACAAUGACUCAACUAUACACUUACAUCAGAUUAUUGGGAGCCUGUCUGUUCAUCAUUUCUCAUGUUCAAGGGCAGAAUCUAGAUAGUAUGCUCCAUGGCACUGGUAUGAAAUCAGACUUGGAUCAGAAGAAGCCAGAAAAUGGAGUUACUUUAGCACCAGAGGAUACCUUGCCUUUCUUAAAGUGCUAUUGCUCAGGACACUGCCCAGAUGAUGCUAUUAAUAACACGUGCAUAACUAAUGGCCAUUGCUUUGCCAUUAUAGAAGAAGAUGAUCAGGGAGAAACCACAUUAACUUCUGGGUGUAUGAAGUAUGAAGGCUCUGAUUUUCAAUGCAAGGAUUCACCAAAAGCCCAGCUACGCAGGACAAUAGAAUGUUGUCGGACCAAUUUGUGUAACCAAUAUUUGCAGCCUACACUGCCCCCUGUCGUUAUAGGUCCCUUCUUUGAUGGCAGCAUCCGAUGGCUGGUUGUGCUCAUUUCCAUGGCUGUCUGUAUAGUCGCUAUGAUCAUCUUCUCCAGCUGCUUUUGUUAUAAACAUUACUGUAAGAGUAUCUCAAGCAGAGGUCGUUACAACCGUGAUUUGGAACAGGAUGAAGCAUUUAUUCCAGUAGGAGAAUCAUUGAAAGACCUGAUUGACCAGUCACAAAGCUCUGGUAGUGGAUCUGGAUUACCUUUGUUGGUUCAACGAACUAUUGCCAAACAGAUUCAGAUGGUUCGGCAGGUUGGUAAAGGCCGUUAUGGAGAAGUAUGGAUGGGUAAAUGGCGUGGUGAAAAAGUGGCUGUCAAAGUGUUUUUUACCACUGAAGAAGCUAGCUGGUUUAGAGAAACAGAAAUCUACCAGACGGUGUUAAUGCGUCAUGAAAAUAUACUUGGUUUUAUAGCUGCAGACAUUAAAGGCACUGGUUCCUGGACUCAGCUGUAUUUGAUUACUGAUUACCAUGAAAAUGGAUCUCUCUAUGACUUCCUGAAGUGUGCCACACUAGACACCAGAGCCCUACUCAAGUUAGCUUAUUCUGCUGCCUGUGGUCUGUGCCACCUCCACACAGAAAUUUAUGGUACCCAAGGAAAGCCUGCAAUUGCUCAUCGAGACCUGAAGAGCAAAAACAUUCUUAUUAAGAAAAAUGGAAGUUGCUGUAUUGCUGACCUGGGCCUAGCUGUUAAAUUCAACAGUGAUACAAAUGAAGUUGACAUACCCUUGAACACCAGGGUGGGCACCAAGCGGUACAUGGCUCCAGAAGUGCUGGAUGAGAGCCUGAAUAAGAACCAUUUCCAGCCCUACAUCAUGGCUGACAUCUAUAGCUUUGGUUUGAUCAUUUGGGAAAUGGCUCGUCGUUGUAUUACAGGAGGAAUCGUGGAGGAAUAUCAAUUACCAUAUUACAACAUGGUGCCCAGUGACCCAUCCUAUGAAGACAUGCGUGAGGUUGUGUGUGUGAAACGCUUGCGGCCAAUUGUGUCUAACCGCUGGAACAGUGAUGAAUGUCUUCGAGCCGUUUUGAAGCUGAUGUCAGAAUGCUGGGCUCAUAAUCCAGCCUCCAGACUCACAGCUUUGAGAAUCAAGAAGACGCUUGCAAAAAUGGUUGAAUCCCAGGAUGUAAAGAUUUGAUAGUUAAACAAUUUUGAGGGAGAAUUUAGACUACAAGAACUUCACCCAAGGAAUGGGUGGAAUUAGCAUGGAAUAGGAUGUUGGCUUGGUUUCCAAACUUCUUCCUCUACAUCUUCACAGGCUGCUAACAGUAAACCUUUCAGUACUCUACAGAAUACAAGAUUGGAACUUCAAACAUGUCGUUCUUUAUAUAUGGACAGCUUUGUUUUAAAUGUGGUUUUUUGAUGCUUUUUUUUUUUUUUUGGUUUUUAAUGAACUGCAUCAAGACUCCAAUCCUGAUAAGAAGUCUCUGGUCAAACUCUGGGUACUCACUAUCCUGUCCAUAAAGUAGUGCUUUCUGUGAAAGCCUUAAGAAAAUUAAUGAGCUCAGCAGAGACAGAGAAAGGCAUAUUUGCCUUCUACCAGAGAAAGCAUCUGUCUGUGUUCUGUCUUUGUAAACAGCAUAUAGAUUAUGAUCUCUUUGGGAUACUUCGUGGUUUAUGAUGGUGCACCAUGCCUUUGAUAUGCAUACCAGAAUUCCUCUACUGCCAUGAGGCUUAGAAGACAAGAAUGUAAAGGUUGCACAGGAGGGUAUUUGUGGCCAGUGGUUUAAAUAUGCAAUAUCUAAUUGACAUUCGCCAAUCUCAUAAAAGCCAUCUGCCUUGUAACUGUAGUAACUUCCCCACCAACUUUAUUUUUAGCAUAAUAGUUGUAAAGGCCAAACUCCGUGUAAAUUGUCCAUAGACGUAGAUUGUUUUCCCCAGUCACCAUUUUGUUCUCCUUUUGGUAAUUAUUUUUGUUAUAAAAUGCUUCCUAUCCAGAAUUGGAGCCCACCGUCUUGAACCAUACUUUGAAAGAAAUGCCUCUUCCUGGAGUCUGCCUUACUGCUUCUGAUUGUGUUGUACAUACCUGUGAUCAAAUUCUGAAGUCUUUGUUUUUAGUACCUCUUAAAAAGGGAAGUUGUUUAUCAUGUGUAAUGUGUUUUUAUUUUCAAAACCUGCAUAGCCUUCAGUCUAGCCAUGUUUUUCCUACAUACUCAAUUUUAUACCAAAACAGCUUACACAGGUCUCAUAUCUGAUCCUCAAUGGGAAAUGUUUUAAAAUAGAACUGUGUAUGAAUUUCAGAAUUCAUGCAUUAAAAACUUCAAACUAAAGCUUCACUAAAGUAGAUCUCAUAUCUCUUUUAUGAGGAUGUCAGCUGAUUCUUCAAUAACUGUAAAUGUAUUUUAGAGAUCUAAAUCUUUUGAAAUUUGGUUUUACAAUUUCUGGUCCCUAACUUGUGAAGACAAAGAGGCAGAAGUACCCAGGCACUACCCAUAUUUACACUGAACAUUAUUAAAUAAAAUGAUACAUAUUUUAUAGAAGCCUGGUUAUCUCAAAGAACAGUUCUGGUUCAAACUUAUACCAAUAUCAAACUAUUUAAAUGUUCUAAUCAAACAAGCCAUGGUGAGGGAGGGUCAAGUGACAUUGUCUCUUUGGAUGAAACAUAAUGGUGAUUCUAUCAAAACACAGAACAAUUGAAACUAAAUGGGAGGCAGGUAGAGCAUAUGUCCAUCUGUCCAUCUACAGACAUGACUAAACUUAGUAUAAUACCUACAGAUCAUAUCCCACAAAUUUGAGAUUUGUUUUACCUGUUUUGUUUAAUCAGUCUCAUCUAAUGUACCUAAAGCCUGAGAACACUGAGGUCUAAUUUUACCUAAGUUCAGUUAACCUGGAUAUAUUUUUCCUGGAUAAACUAAGUCUUGAAAGUCACUUACCAUCUUAACAAUAUAUCUAAGGAAUGUAAACUUCAUUCUUUGACAUGUUUAAAUUGGAGGCCACUGUAAUGAUUCUUUUCUACUUAGCUUGCUCUAAGAAAAGGCUGUCAGGAGUUAAUUGUGAGGCAGGCAGUGAGUGCUCCAGCCACUGCCUUCCCACGCUGCCAUCACUGCGUUCAUGGGGAACAGUGACGCUCUCUAAAUGGCAGCGCAAACGCUGCAGUUUUUCCUUAUUUGGAAUCCUAAAAUUGAAAGUUGCAUUAAUCUUACUAUGUUCUCCUCUCCUUAUUCUAAAUUUAAAAUUCAGUAAGUGAACUAUUUAAAGAAUGUAUCAGAACUUUGGCCAGUGAGAUAGCUCUGUAGAUAAAGGCACUUGGGCUGGAGAGAUGGCUCAGCAGUUGGCUCACUAACUGCUCUUCCACAGGUCCUGAGUUCAAUUCCCAGCAACCACAUGGUGGCUCACAACCAUCUGUAAUGGGAUUCAAUGCCUUCUCUGGUGUGUCUGAAAAGAACAACAGUGUGCUCAUGUAAAUAAAAUAAAUAAAUCUUU